UAAGCGAUGAUUGGACGGGGACAAGCCGAGACCGGGAAAAUGGCCUCGAGGCGCGGCAGCGCUCGGCAAAUGAUGUAUUGAUGUGAUGUAUGUGAUUGCGACUGUAAGCGGGCCUCGAGGCCAAGAGAUCCGUACUUGGGCCCGCCCCGGAGGCGGUCCUCCGCCGUGACCAAAUCAGGAAAGCUCAAGGGCUGGGUAAGUUCUCACGUCCAAAAGCUUCUUCGUGGUUACUUGGGAUGCCGGGGCCCAGGACGCCAUGUUGACCUGAACUGUAUCAUAAGCUACCUCAAGUUCAUUUGAGUAAGGCGCUGAUGGCAGUGCGACAGCGCGAAGCUCGGGUCCUCCGCUGGAUGACCUUCCGUGCAAGCGCUCUGGGCCAUUUGGCACUUUUCCAUUUGAUUGCGAGCACAAGGGGAUGUGGAAGGGACCCACGGUUAAUACGGGCAAGGAUAACGUAAUGUGAUCUGGCAGUGUGAAGGGUCGGCAAGCUACAGUUGGAAUUUCUCGUUGACGCCCGCUGGUAGGAUCACAAAUAAGUAGUGUGCACUGGUGAAAUCGCUUGCGGGCGCUCGCUCCCCAGCUUACGGAAAGCACCCCGAAUAGCCAUUCUCGAAGGCCGCUCGGGGCUGCAGCAAGAUUGUGCGGGUGCAUCAUAUGACAUCAGUUGUGACUGGGUGAGAGUGGCGGGUUUCAUGCUGUAGCCGAGACGUGAGUCGUGGAAGUGAGCAGUGUGUGGUGUUGGGCCGCGCAUGACAUGUAGAUGGACUUUAUUCGUUGUGCCUGGUCGAGGCAUCCCUCGAGCAGACGAUGAUGAUCCACGAGUUCUCGACAAGUGUCAGGCGGAUCCAACCAGGCAGAGAUUGAGUCUGUAUGACCGUCGAACGUCCACGGAGAAUGUGCCCGGAAAGCUGACCCUUGUAGCAAUGGAGAUAUGGGAGACACGUGUUGCAAGCGUGCAAAUACAUAGCAGAUGCCAAAAUUCUGGCUUCGACUGGAAGGGUUGGAUGCGUAUCGGAUUCGGACCCACAGAUAAACAGCCAACUGGCGGAGGUAGGUGCCGACACUGCGGUUCGAUCCCUGGAUGGAGGGACGAGAAAACGGCUCGUAAUCAGGGGAACGAAGAACGGAUGCACUUCUCGGACUGCGAGGCUCGUGGCCGAGAAGUACAUGUAAGACAGCCCCUACUACAGUAGAUACAUACUAUUUAGUGGUGCUGACAAGUCUGAUGUUUGCCUGAGGGUGUUACCGAGUGAUGUCACACCGGACCGGCGAGCUCCGCCAUCAUUGCUGUCCAUGACGCACAUUUCACGUGAUAAGCGUGACCAUGGCGCGUCUGACGUCAAAGCGCGUCACUUGCCCCAAGCCAUGACGCGAGGGAUGAGUUCAGUCCAGGCUAGUCUGAGACCUAUAUAAGGCCUUCUAACGGCCUCUAAUCUCCAUUCAACCCACCCACAACAACAACAACUCAACUACCUUUUACGUUUUUAACGACUUUCUCAUUAACAUGUCUGGAUUCACCAACGGAACUUCUGAGCCCAACAAGACCACUGGCCAGUACCACAGCGUCAAGGGCACGGUCGUCGAGACCAUCGGAAACGUGACCGGUGCCACUUCAUGGCAGCAGUCUGGCAAGGAGGAGCACAUGGCCGGCGAGACCGAGUACAAUGCCGCACAAGCCAAGGGCUACGUCGAGGGCACCGCUGACCGCCUGUCCGGCAAGAAAGACGCCGUCGUCGGUGCUGUCCUCGGCGACAAGACCCAGGAAGCACAGGGCAACCUCCAGCACGACAAGGGCAAACUCCAGCAGGAGGUGAACAAGUUUGAUUGAACAGUGGAGCGGAUCGACUACAAACAACAUUAAUGUAAUCACUUAUAUCAUGUGCUUGUAAUACCACUCGCGUCUUGGCUUACACUGCUUGUACCCCGGGAUUUCCUUUUCGGAUCGUGAGACUUGAGGCUGUGCAUGGCUCAGGAUGCGCUUCUCCCUCUUGGCACUUGUCAUCGCAGCAUUGCCUCCACAUUCUCGAGGUUAACCAAGCCAGGGGAGGAUGUUCUUAAGGAUCACGCACUCUCCGGUGCGAGUACAAAACUCCGAUCUUGGGUAUUUCACCACCCCAAGCGACUUUGCCUGCCAGGAACGUGCGUGCGCAGCAGUAACUGUCUCGGCUGUGAUCGCAUCGAACAAACGAUCGGGAGAAAUCACUCAGACACAAAUCUUCGCCUCUUGGCCCAGAACAUCUACCUCCCACCCAUGUCUUCACCGGACGAUCCAAUAUACAUCUUCAAGAAACCAUCGGACGGGCUACCCCAGGACGGCCCCUUCCUUCCUCUCCUUACCACUGUUUUUACUUCCAUUCUCGAGGUCUUCCUCCUCUGUCUUGCAGGAUAUGUGUUAGCUUGGAAGGGUAUUCUGGACAAGAAAACACAAAAGCAACUGAAUCGGCUCAAUGUUUCACUGUUCACCCCCUCCCUGCUCUUCUCCAAAGUCGCAUUCUUCCUGUCUCCCGCGAAAUUGCGCGAGCUAUGGAUCAUCCCCAUCUUUUUCGUGCUCGUGACGGCGGUUUCGAUGACGGUCUCGUCUCUGCUGGGCUGGAUGUUCCUCCGCAAGCGGUCACAAAGAAACUUCGGCAUGGCCGCGGCCAUGUUUAUGAACUCGAAUUCGCUGCCUAUAGCCCUCAUGCAGAGUCUCGUGGUGACCGUGCCGGGACUCAAAUGGGGAUCCGAGGACAACAAGAACGCGAUGUUGGGGCGGGCCCUUACGUAUCUCGUCCUGUACAGCACGCUGGGCAUGAUUCUCCGAUGGAGCUACGGAGUCAGGCUUCUUGCGCAGGCAGAUGUCGAGAGCGAGGAGACGUCACCUGACGAGGAAGAGACUUCUGCACUCUUGGGCCAUCAGGACGAGGAGGACGACCUGCCGCCUGUCCCCCGGAUCCACGUGCAGAAUCCCCAACUUGCGCGCCCGGGUCAGCAGCGCCGCCAAUCGCGUUUCUACAAUUCGUUCCCCAACUCACCAAAUCAGUCCCGGAUGCGGCUGCCUGAUAUCGACUCGUCGUCUUCGACAUCGACGAUCGUGUCGAGCCCCGAUGACUCAGAAUCGGACAGCGAGGCAGAGCCGCUCCCCGCGCCGCAGGAGGCGGGCGAGACAUUGGUCCUGCCCACACAUACGCACCACCGGAAACCCCCUGGCCACAUCCGCCGGAUAUCGGUCAUGUCCUCGCACUCCACAAACCACGUCACCGGCUGGCGGCGAGUCCGACGACAUCUCUAUAGGGUGUGGGUCGGCGUCAAGGAGUUCAUGACUGUGCCCCUAUGGGCCGCCCUGGCGUCGCUUUUCGUCGCGUGCGUCCAGCCGCUACAGCAUGUCCUCGAAGACCACAUGCAGCCUGUCAAGGGCGCGCUGACAAGCGCCGGAAACUGCAGUAUCCCUGUCACGCUGAUCGUUCUCGGCGCGUACUUCUACCCUGCGCCACCGGCGUCUCCCGCGGCGGGCAGCAACGCGCUCACGUCCUCGGCGAGCACGAACUCGUUGCUUGAGAGCGUGCGCGAGAUUUUCGGCAAGCAGCGCGCGGCGGCGGCGCAGCAGUCCGCACGAGCCGUGACGCGUCCCGGCGAGACGAGGACAGUCAUCAUCGCUGUCGUGUCGCGCAUGAUUCUUACCCCCCUGCUGCUCCUGCCCCUGAUGGCGCUGUCGUCUAAAUUCAAUCUACAUGCGGUCUUUGACGAUCCCGUUUUCGUCGUGGCCAAUGUCUUGCUCAUUUCUUCUCCCCCGGCUCUCACACUUGCCCAGGCACAUCACCCAAGCCGCAUCAGGCGACGCGUUCGAGCGCCUCAUCAGCCGGACGAUCUUCUGGGCCUACUGUGUUGUCACCCCGCCAGCUACGAUCGUAUUUGUGCUCAUCGGCUUGAUGCUUUCCAAGUUAUAGAAUCGUAGUGUACUUGUAUUCGCGCUUCAUUCUUUGAACAGUUUACAUUACAUAUAUACGGCACGGGAUGUAUCUCUUAGGUCAAUAUACGGCAGGAUGGAUGGAUGGUUCAUGUUCGCGAUGUGCAUACACGCCUCAUCUAGCG